UCCGUGAAAGAGAGGGAGAAAAAGAAAAAAGGCAACCAUGUUUGUCCGAACUCCAGAAGUGGGCGAUCCCGAAAUCUUGCCUUUCGUGAUGGGAUACUUACCCGAGAACUACCGGAGAAAGGCGGAGAUCGAACUCAGAGACACACCGGAAAAGCGGGUGCAAGGCCUUCGCCUUCUUAAAGAAAUGAUGAAACACGAAAAGAGCCUGUGCAACACGGAACUGGAUGACGACUUCCUCAUGCAGUACUUGCUCUUCCGGAAGUUCAACGUCGACAGGGCCUUGUCGACUCUGAAGGCCUACGUCAAGCUGCGGAAAAAGAAUCCGGAUAUGUUCCGGAACUUUCAUUUCGACCGCAUCGUCCGGACAUCCACUGAUCGCAUCGCUGUCUUUCUGCCAUGGAGGUGCCCGGAUGGUUGUGCCAUUAUACUUGUCCAACUAGACAACUGGGACCCCACCGUGUUCCCCGUCGAAGAGGUGAAGCGGAUGGUGGCGGUGAUAGUGCUGCAGUCCCUGCGCGACCCCAUGACGCAACUCAACGGCUUCAAGGUCAUCUUCGAUGUCAACAGCAAUCCCUUGCGACAUCUGAGAUACAUCACUCCACAGAACCUAUACCUCCUCUACCACGGCACACAGGAGUGCAUACCCGGCAGGUUCAAGGCCAUCCAUUUCGUGAACGAUUCCAUCACUUUCAAGGCAGCGUGGUUCAUAUUCAAGAAUUUCCUCACGGAUAAGUUCCGAAAAAGAAUAUUCUUCCACUCCAAAAUGGAAUCUUUGUUCGACCACUUCCCGCGCUCCAUCCUGCCCACCAAAUAUGGCGGCACUCUGGAAGAUUACGACAUGACCGAGUGGUUGAAAGACGUCAUGCAACCGGAAAAACUGGCAACGCUCGGUGGCACCAUUCAGACCACCACGUGAUCUUUCGAGACGAGUCUCAAGUGGGCAGACGGAAAUUGAUAUUUAUUCAAACACAUAUAGACUCAUUUGAACAAAAAGACGCUGGUCGUUGAAUAUGUCUAACGGAGGAGCAUAUUUGUUGAGAUAUAUGCUGCUGUCUUCGGCCCAGGAGCAACAGCGACAGAAAUUCCGAAGCUAUUGUCGAUUACAUGCCGAAUACUGCGGAAUCGACCAAAUAUGCAGAGCAGCAUACACUGAGCUAUGGACAUCACACCAUUUGAGAGAAUUUAUCCAUUUCAUAUGACGUCACAGAGCAAUCAACGAAUCACGGUCAUCUGGUAGAAGUAAUCUUUGGUGAUCAAAUAAAUUGCAGCCAAUCGUAAAACGAUUAGUCACAUUAUGUUUGUUAAUUAAAUUGUAAAGAACCAAUUACAAACACAAAAUGUUUUUGCUGCUACUUUGCUCAAGAUCUGAAGCCAGUUUUUAAGUAAACGAUGAACAUUAUCACACGUUGUUAAAAUCGACUGAAUUCGGAAUCACAUAUUUCUUCAAUAGAGUUCAUUCAAAACUAACAUUGUAUAUCUUACUAUUCUUAUAAUUAGUUUUGACUUAGAAAUAAAGCUAAGAAAGUUACUUAUCUUAAAAUAAAGAACUGUUUCAAUUGUAUACCUUACGAUUCCUAUAACUACUGUUUUGACUUUGAAAUGAAGCUAUGAAAUUUAUUUAUCUUAAAAUAAAGAACUGUUGCAAUUGUAUAUCUUACAAUUCCCCUAACUACAGAGUGUCCAGAAAAAGACUGACUGUUUUUAAAAAAUUAUAACGAGAAAACGGUAAAUAAUAAAAAUAUAAUUCUUGCAGAAAAUUCAUGUGGUGGGCCGUAAAUUCCCCCCCCCCCCUUAUUUCCAAAUUUUAGUUGAAAUUUUUACAAUAGAUGGCGCUGCAGAUAGUAAGCCCCAUAAGUCAAAAUAUAUAUAUAAAAUUACGUCGUAAUUUUUCGAAAAUAAUGAACAAAAGAACAACACAAUAUUUUCAAACAAUCGUCGGCUGUAAUCCCCUGUCACAAUCGGAGGAAAAAUCAGUGAAUUUCAGUUCUUCUUUUUUGACUUACCGGCUUACUAUGUGCAGCGCCAUCUAUUGAAACAUUUUUGAACUAAAAUUUGGAACUCUGAGGGAAGAAAUUUAGCGCCCACCACCUGAAGUUUCUGCAAGAAUUUGUUUUUUAUCAUUAACCGUUCUGCUGUUAUAAAUUUUUGAAAAUAGUCAGUCUUUUUCAGGACACCCUGUAGGUACUGAUUUGAUUUUUAAAUGCAGCUAAGAAAGUUAUUAAUCUUAAAACAAAGAACUGUUUCAAUUGUAUG